AUGAACGAUUGUAUUCUCCCAAGCCCCAGACAGAGUUCAGCUUCAGUUGAUACGGUUCCAGCGACAUUGGGAAGAAUGGCAACUGAUACCUCGUACAAAACAACCCUUCUUCCCUUGCUCUUGAAGGCUUCAGUACUCUCUUUCGGCACCUACACGCUCAAAUCGGGUCGCAUAUCACCCUAUUUCUUCACAUCCUCUCUUCUACAUACGUCGUCUUUACUGGGUGCUUUAGCCCGCGCCUACGCCUCGGUAUUAACGUCCCCUCCGUUCUCCCUGCCGCUUGGGACAGGGGAAGCUGGAGGGCAAGCAGACGGAUCAUUUUCACCGCACUUCGAUAUUCUCUUCGGGCCGGCAUACAAGGGAAUUCCGUUAAGCGCAAUUGUGGUCAGAGAACUGGCGUUCAGUGGGAAACAGUUUGAGGGCGUGUCAUAUUCGUUCAACAGAAAAGAGUCGAAAGAUCAUGGAGAAGGAGGUAUUAUAGUUGGAGCACCGCUCAAGGACCGACGAGUGGUAGUCAUUGACGAUGUCAUGACUGCGGGAACUGCCCUGCGAGAAGCAGUCUCUAUCAUCAAGGCACAAGGUGGGAUCGUGGCGGGUGUUGUCUUGCUCCUGACGAGACAGGAGCGAGUGAGUGAUACGGAACCAAGAAGUGCAAUGAAAGUCGCAGAGGACGAACUGGGGGUUCCGGUCAGGGCGGUUUUGAAGUUCGAGGACCUGAUCGAGGCAAUUGAAGCAGGGCAAAUCGAGGGUGCGGGACCGGAACAAUUAGAGCAAAUGAAGGUCUACCGCGACAAGUAUGGAAGCAAGGACUGA